AGGUACGUUAGAGGUGGUAUCACGAUAAAAAAGUUGGAUGUAAGCAUCUUGGACGCCCCGAGUCCUUGGUCGUCGUUCAUUUCGUGACCCGUAAGACAGAAUGACGGUAAAUUUAGAUUGUCUUUUCUUGCUUUGUCUUUAAGAAACUGGUUAAGAAUUUGUUGAUGAUAACUUUCCAUGGAGGACGUAAGUUGAUACUUUUUAGCAAAAUGAAAAUGUCAAAAUGGAAAGUGCAUUGACGAACAACACCAUGAGCUUUCUCUUCCUCCCCACUGCCACGGAUGAUGCCUCGUGCAGAAAAUCGGCUUUUAUGCCUCUGGUGCUGACACUAUUGUGCUAAAAGUCCUGUUGUAUAAAGGGGAGUAUAGUGAUCAAAGAGCGCAGCACUUUGUGGGCGGACAGAGUAAGCGUGUCCGUGUAGACGGAUUUGAUUAUUGCACGCUUCUGGACCUGACUGAUGUGCGCUACAACUGUUUCCAUUUGAUGGUGUCGUGGAGCAGCACAUACCUAUUUUUAGGGAGAACGAACAAGCUCAAGCAGCAUGGAUCGUGAGCGAGAACGAGCCCGACGUCGGACGGACUUGGCGACGACAUUGCCCGAUGGACGGAAGGUGUACCGGACCCAGCAACUAGCCAACCGGAAGAGGCGCACCACAGCGAGCAGUAGCGCUACAUCGGCUCCUUCUGGAGGCAGGGCCGCGCGCGGUAAGGAUAAGGACACCGCUUUUAUUAAGGAAGACGACAGACC